CCCUUCGGGUUAUCUGAUGUCAGCUUCCUCUUUCACAACUAAUAUAGGCCAGAAACUGGAGAGAGAGAGAGAAAGGGCAGUUUCUGAAUUCUGACACGAUGUUGACGGUCUUAGAAUGAUCUUAAGGAAUGACUCAGCCUCCCUCUGACCUGAACGCCUUGUGAAACACCACUAGCCUUGCCUAUUGAAACGUCGGGAUGUUUUAGAACGGGUGGAAGUACCUCUCCGCGCCAGAAGGAAGUGGAGACGGAGAUCAUUAUCUGAUGUUGUUAAUUGUGUUUCUGGGCCAGCAGCCACUGAGCAUUGAGCCUCCCGCACCAGUUCGGAAAGGGUGCAGCUCUCAGACUGCCCCCGGCAUCUACACCACAAGGGAAGUUCAUUUGUGAGUUUACGAAGCCGCCGUGUGCAACUGGGAACAGCACAGAAAAGUAGAACCUCACAUUCCACGAGCCUUGUUGUGGAAUUUGAGAUGUGAUGAGAACAUUGCUUAAGGUCCAUCCACGAGCAUUAAAAUAACCCUGUUGAAAGGGCAACAAGUGGAAUGAAGGCCGAUCAGUUGAUUAAGGUUCAAAGACAUAAGCUCAUCACGAUUCUUGGAAGAGGUUCAGUGGAAGUCUUUGAGAGCAUUCUUGAUCAUUUACUAGCAUGGGAUCUUCUGAGCUGGGAAGAAUAUGAACAUGUGAAAUCACCAGCAGUUCUGUCUUGUUCCAGUCGUAACCUCCUUGAUAUUAUAACGUUUAAAGGGAGCAGAGCCUGUGAACUUUUUAUUCUGGCAUUGCAAAAUGUCAUUCACAGCUUGCAACUAACUGAUUUAAUUUUGGGCAGCUAUAAACCUCCAGAAAAGACUCCUGAAUCAUCAGCAUCGCUGUCAUUAUUGCCUUCGCAAACUCUUCAAAACCACAGACUCAACAUUGUGCGGAAACUACAUGGACACAUUGCAGCUGUGUUAGACAUUCUGCAUAGAUAUGGUCAUUUUUCAAAAUAUGAAUGUGAUGAGGUUCAAUUGCCAAUAUAUACACCUUCCCAGCAGGCUCGAAAGCUGCUGGAUCUUGCUAAAGCUAAAGGGGAAGACACAGCUCAAGUGCUGUUAGACUACAUUGCAUCUGAACCUGGACCCAUCAAGCCCAUCCUUGAUAAUGCUUGCUUGAAGUACCAGGAAAAGUUGAGCUCUACGUUGGCUGCUCAGUCACGAAUUCUAACAAACUAUGCUGGAACUGAGAAUAUGUGCCUGGAGGAUAUUUAUGUGGAUUGUAUCUUGGAAGUAUCCAGUAUCGCUGCGGCGGAAAAUGGCUGCUUGUCAUUCCUUAUUGGACUGGAAGACAUCUUUGGACCAGAUGGAAUAUUAAAUAAAGAUGCAGAUACUGUGCUGAUCACUGGGGAAGCAGGAAGUGGGAAAAGCACUUCACUGCAGCGAAUCCAACAAUUAUGGGCAACAAAGCAAGUUUUCCAGGACUUUACAUUUGUAUUUGCAUUCAGCUGUAGAAGGUUCAAUUUCAUUGAUAAACCCAUCUCACUUCAAAUGUUACUGUUUGAACAUUGCUGCUGGCCUGAUGAUCACCAAGAUGAAGUGUUCCAGUACAUCCUGGACCAUCCUGAAGAAAUCAUGUUCCUGAUUGAUGGGUUUGAUGAAUUUAAAUUCCAAUUUACAGAUGAAGAAAGGCACUGUUCUCCAUCAAAGCCAACGACUGCACUGAAUCUGAUCUUUAAUCUUCUUCAAGGGAAUUUAAUGAAAAACACUAAAAAAGUUAUGACCAGUAGACCAAAUGCAGUAACUGCCAAAUUAAGAAAAUAUCUGCAGAAAGAGAUCACACUAAAAGGUUUUUCACCAGAGGGAAUUGAGAAGUUCAUAAAGAAAUGCCAUAGCGACUCACUAAGUGCAGAACAUAUUUUGUGUUUUGUUGAGGCAAACUCAGCUCUUCAUGGGCUCUGCCAUGUGCCCUUCUUCUGUUGGAUAGUUUCAAAGUGCCAUGAACAGUUAAUGCAGAAUGGGAGUGAUUUCACUCACACAAUGACUGAUGUUUAUCUGCUGAUUCUAGAACACUUUUUAUUGCAUCUCACCCACAACUGCCAAAGAACAAAUGAAAUUCUGCUGAGCCAUAUUGCCACAAUCCUCCAUCUUGGCAAAUUAGCAUUGGAUGGCUUAGACUCUUGUUGUUACAUAUUCUCAGCUGUACAGCUGCAGGAGGCCGGGGUAUCAGAAGAAGAUAUUUCUUUAGGUUUCCUUGUCCGAAGUCAUAGUUUCUCACAUGCACGCAAUGCAGUUAGUAAUAGGAAUUAUGAGUUUCUUCACAUCUCUGUCCAGUGUUUCUUUGCUGCACUGUACAUCACUUUAAAUGAUGAUGUGGCUCAAUCUACUCUUCACUCAUUGUUCAGACACAGGCAGGAAAAUCCAUCCGUGCGCAUGAUGCCAGCAGCCUGCUGUAAAGGUUGGCCAUUUUAUUGCCACCAGUCUCAUGAAGAAGAUAAGAGGAGAAGUGAAACUCUGUUACAGGAAGCAGAGAUGUCAAAUAUCCAAAUAACAGCAAGCUUUGUUUCGGGGCUGUUGUCCGGUAGGCACAGGGACCAGAUGGGGAAGCGUUUCAAAAAGUACAGACUUGUUAAAAAGUACUUAGCAAAGUGUAUACAGAAACAUUUCCUAUCCAUAUCACCAGCUGUUGGGGGAGAGAAGAAAAGCUUGCAUGCUUUGCCUGAAUUUGUAUGGUGGAUUAAAUGCAUUUAUGAAAUGCAAGACAAUGAUUUGGCCAAAGAAGCUGUUAGUAAACUGGAAGUGGAUCACUUGAAGUUGACCUAUUGUGGAAUAGGGCCUCUUGAAUGUACUGCUCUUGCUUAUGCCCUCAAACACUUGAAAAGUCCAGUGGGACUACAGUUGGAUUACAACUCGGUUGGUGAUUUAGGAAUUGAACAGCUCCUUCCCUGCUUGGACGUUUGCCACUCUAUUUACCUCCGGGGAAAUGACAUUUCUGAUCAAGGCGUUGCCAAACUGGUUGACCGAGCUCUUGACAGCUGUAAUUUGCAAAAGAUUGCGUUAUUUCACAACAAUUUAACUGACGCAUGCGCCCAGAAUUUUGCAAAUCUUCUGAAACACAGGGACAACUUUCUUGCAUUAAGGCUAGGCAACAACCACUUAACAGCUGUUGGGGCAGAAGUGCUGGCAGAAGGUUUAAAACAGAACAACUCCAUCCAGUAUUUAGGAUUUUGGGGAAAUAAAAUUGGAGGAGCUGGUGCUUGUGCUUUGGCAGUAGCUCUUGAGAAUAAUACAAGCUUGUUGUGGCUAAGUCUCGUAGGUAACAACAUUGACGGUCAUGGCGCCAAGGCUUUGGCUUUAAUGCUGAAAAAGAACACCGUCCUCGAGGAGCUCUGUCUUCAGGAGAACUGUUUAGUUGAUGAAGAUAUACUUCACCUUGCAGAAGGACUCCAAAACAACUCAAGCUUGAAGGUUCUCAAGCUGUCUAAUAAUAGGAUCAGCAGAAGAGGGAUGGAAUUUUUUGUCAAUGCUCUCAAGUACAAUAUUACUAUUAUGUCUAUAUGAAAUGGGAAUAUUCUCUAAUGAUACCACACAUAUCAAGACUCCUCAGGUAUUGAAGCAGUCUGCGUCCAAAUGUAGAACAGGCCGGACAAUAUCCAAGUUUGGGCUGAAAGUAGCGAAUAACAUCUAUGCCACACAAAUGCUAGUCAAUGACCGUCUCCAACAAGAGAGAACAUAAUCAUCACUCCCUUGACAUUCAGUGGCACUGAUUGCUAAAUACGUUGACAUCCUGGGGAUUAUCAUUGACCAGAAAUUAAACUGGACCUACUGUGUAAAUAUACUUGCUGCAGUGCAAGUCACAGAAUCCCUAGAUUGUGGAAAAACGCCAUUAGGCCCAUUGAGUCUGCUCUAACACUCUGAACAGCAUCCCAACCAGACCUUAUGCCCCAACCUGUCACCAUAACAUCACCUUUAUCAUGGCUAACCCACCUAGCCUGCGUAACGCUAGACACUCUGGGACAAUUUGUCAUAGUCAAUCACUUAUCCUGCACAUCUUUGAACUGUGGGAGGAAACUGGACCACCCAGAGGAAACACAUGCAGACACGGGGAGAACGUGCAAACUCCACGCAGACAGUCAGCCAAGGGUAGAAUUGAACCUGGGUCCUGAUACCAGUGCUAACCACUGAGCCACCAUGCUGUCCAAGUCACUCACCUCCUGACUCCCGAUAACGUGUCCAUCAUCGACAAAGAACAAGUCAGGAUUGUGAUUGAACUCUCCCCACUUGCUUGGAUGAGUGCAGCUCCAACAGCACUGAAGAAGCUUGACACCUUCUCGGACAGUAGCUUACUCAAUCACAUGCACAAACAAUCACUCCCUCUGCUGCCAAUACUCAGUAGCAGCAGUGUCCCCCACCUACAGAAUGCAUUGCAUAAAUUCACCAAGUGUCCUUACAAACCCAUGAUGACUAACAUCUAGCAAACAGCAGAUACAUGAGAACACCACCGCCAGCAAAUUCCCCAAGCCACUUAUCAUCCUGACUUGGAAAUAUGUUGUUCCUUUAGUGCCAGUGGGUCUAAGUCCUGAAACCUCCUCUCUAAUGGCAUUGUAGAUCUACCUACGCCAAAUGGACUUCAGUGGUUCAAGAAGGCAGCUCACCACCAUCUUCUCAAGAGCAAUAGUGAUGGGCAAUAGCCAGCAACAUACACAUCACAUGAAUGAAUAAUUUUAAAAAAUUGGGGCCAAGAGACCAGGAUAUUGAAGAAGUCACAUAGAACUCUGCGAUGUGUUAUGUUUUUUUAUAGGCAACCCCGAAUCUCUUAGAACCCAAACUAAUUCUGAAGCAAAAUUGAAUCACUUAAAAAGAUUUUUUUUAAA